GCGCCACCUCACUUAAUCGCACUGUGUGAAAGUUCGUGUUGGUCCGUCUGCGCUAUUCCGCAAGCGCACAUCCACGCGCUGUCUGCGCCUGCAGACACACACGCAUACGCACACCUCGGGCUCCGUUUGCCUUUUGCUACAGUGCUUUUGGUUUUUUUUUUGGGGUUUUUUUUUGAUUGGUACGCGUGGGGCUUAGCGAUAGCAGCGUCUCAGACUGGCUACAGCAAAGUUCCCUCCCCUGCUACGACUACCGCUCAGGUCGCUUCUUUUCAUCGGAACACUCGUUACAAACAGACAUCAAUCGUUGGUCUGCAACAUCGCGCAAACGCUCACGCCCGUCACUUCCGCAGUCGGUGCUAUUUUCAUUCGUUUCCCCGCCAGGCAGAGAGGUGCUUUGCCCUGCUUCCGGGCGUCUGGUCUUUCCAGAAUCACCACACCUUGCGUCAUCAAAACCAGAUUUCCGCAUAAAAAUCAUCUGUUCAACAGCUUGCCAACUUCUGCGCUACCGGCAACUACAACACUACGCUCUGAUAGCUUUUCUUCCAAACAAACACCAACAUGGGACUCAACGCUAGAUGGCUCGUCAGCUUCGCGCUGUGGAUGUUCCCAAUUGCCAUCACCCUCGGCGUUAUGUUCAGUAUCGACGCCGCGACUGGCGGCAAAGGCAUCCCCAAAUCAGACGGCGGAGGUUCUCUUGUACCGCCGCUAAACAACGGCACAACGCCAGAACAAAGAUGUGAUGUAUUCGACGGCGUUGAAACACGAGUGCUGAAAGGCCAUCAGGCCUGGGUGCUCACUGCCAACCCCUGGGGUGUCAACGGGGCUAACACGGGUGCCAUUUGCCUAAACACUAAUACCAACAAUAACCAAACUUACGGCAUCACCUCUGACCCUAAAAGCAAAUUCGGUGCCCCGUUCUGGAGCACUACGUGGAACUACCCGCCCAAGGCCGACGGUUCUGUCUGGGCCUAUCCCAAUAUCAAGGCCAUUACCGAUACACGACAGAUCCAACAGUUCAAAGCACUCGACUUGAAUUUGGGCUGGGCUUAUAACGUAGGCAACGCCAACACGACUGUCAUCACAGAAACAAAUGAAGCCGUUCUUGCGGAUAAUGGACCUGGAAACGCCCACGCCAACGUUGCUCUGGACUUUUUCGUCGACCCUGACUCUGGCAGAUCAGAACAGCCAGACAUCACCAAACAGGGGAAGUUUGCUCGCGCUGAAGUAAUGAUCUGGUUUGCCGCCUAUGGUACGAGCACAUUCCCGCUGGGAAAGCCAGAUUUGACGACUACGCCACCAGUGACUACCUACACAGACAACCAUGGUCGUGUAUUCAACCUCUGGAUAGGUUUCAACAAGGACAAAUCAACCCAAAAACCAGUGCAGGUCGUCUGCACAUGGCUGCCAAACACGGCUAUCCACACAUUCGACGGCGACAUUCUCCCUUUCCUUACCAAAUUGACUACGGAUCCUAAAGUGGGUGUAGCUUUCGAAGCACUACAGCAAGCGAAUGGAUAUCAAGGAACGCUUCCUCAGCCAACUGACUAUGUCGGCUACAUUGCGCUGGGAACCGAAGCCUACUCCACCACGGGUGGUCAAAAUGUGACAUUUUCGGUCCCUAAUAUGGGUCUCGAGAUUUCCACAUGAUUUAGGUGAGCUCAGAGGGUAGAAAACCAAUGAAAGUUCUCCUGGCGUUUUUAUGGUUGGUUGGUCAUUUGGAGUUUUAAGUGUACAUUGCUAGUUUUCGUUUGGCAGACAUACUUUCCAUCUUGUUAUCAUAUGGUGAGCUUUUAAGUAUCAUCAGGUUCAGCUUUAUAGAAUCCGCACAGUAAUGCAUAUCUGUUUUAUAUUUG